UUCGGAUGCAGAAACUAUUUAAUAAUGGUUUAUCCACUGUUCUUGCAAACAUAUCCAUUGAUGCAUUUGAUGAUCAUGAGCAAAUAGAGGUGUACUCUUUAUGUAUUCCCGACCUUUCAUCGGAUACGCCACUGAUAAUAUGCGGGAGGUACCGAGGCAGUUUCCCCGACACUCUUAAAGCUAAAGGCGUCCUAGGAGAUUCAAGUAGUUUCAUUAUCGAUUUGAAGAUAGAAAAGGCCAAGGACAUACUUCUUGACAAAGUUAUAGCGAGGCAGCAGAUCGAUCUACUCACGGCGCAGGCAUGGUUUUCGUAAAAUAAACAGCUCGAGGAGCAGGUUGU